CUACAAUCAUUGAAUUAGUAGGAUCCUGACAAACCACGCGUAAACACUUAUUGGAACCAACAACAAAAAUAAAUCAAUCAUGUCCAAAGUCGUGUUCUACUACUUCCCCGUGAAAGCGUUGGGUGAACCCUCCCGCCUGCUGAUGGCUUACGGAGGUCAGGAGUUCGAAGACCGACGCAUUUCCAAAGGGGAGGGCUGGGAUGAGUUCAAGCCCAAGACUCCAUUCGGUCAGAUGCCCGUGCUGGAGAUGGAUGGCAAACUGUACGCUCAGAGCUACGCCAUCGCGCGGUACUUCGGCACUAAGUUCGGACUGGCUGGAGACAGCUUGGAGGAAGCAUUGGAGAUCGAUCAGAACGUUUAUUUGAUUGAAGAUCUUCGAGCUGAGGCUGCAGAAGUUGCUUAUGAAUGUAACGAGGAGAUCAAGGAAAAGAAACAUGCUGAUUACGAGAAGACUGUAUAUCCAACUAUUUUAGACAAACUGAAUGAAAUCAUCGUUAAGAAUAACGGCCACAUCGCACUUGGAAAGUUGACGUGGGGAGACUUCGUGUUCGCUGGUAUGCUGGACUACCUGAAGAGGAUGCUGAGGAUGCCGGACCUUGAGGAGAAGUACCCUGCCUUCAAGCAGGUCGUCAACAACGUGUACUCUAUUCCCAAGGUCAAGGCGUACGCUGAUGCUGCUCCUGCCACUGUUUUUUAGAAUAUUGUCAUGGUAUUAUUAGGAUUAACUAUAGAUUAUAAGAAUUGUAUUAUAACAAUAAAUCUUUUUUUCUAUAA